GCUUGUGGGGUUAACUUGUCUUAUCAGUUGUGAAGUGAAGUAAGCCCUCUGAUAGUCCACACACUUAUUGAAAUGAAAUCCCCCCAAGCAAAUCGCUUAGAGCCUUGCAUUUGACCCAGACGAGUCUUGCUGCUUCAAAUUCCCUGUGCCUGUCUGUGGAGUAGCUGUGUGUUGGAUCAAGGCAGACCACUGAUACAAAAGGUGACGAUAUCAGUGCAGAAAGGAUGUCUCAGUUUGACUCACUGUUAGAUUUCGGGGAGUCUACCCCCUCUGAGACAAAUGGAACAACCCAGGGCUCUGGGGCUGCAGAUGAGUUCGACCCUUUUGGGCCUAGCCCAACUAUUGAAAGCAAGGGAGCAGUGGAUGGAAAUUUACUGGUUGAUUUUACAGCUGAUACUGAGAUUUCAAACGGGACCAAACAGAAUGGCACAUCAGAGCCUUUCGAGCUGUCUUUUGAAGUGAGUACCUCUAAUGACACAGCCCUAGAAUCUUCCACAGAAAUAGCCGAUUCUUCAGAAAACAUGUCUUCGUCAAACCCCCUGUAUGACUUAACCACUGAGGAACCUCCAUCAAACCCACUGUAUGAGUUUGAGAGUCAAACCACAGAAACAACGGUGGUGAAGUCUUCCAGUCAGCAGUUUGAAAACGCUGAUGAAGAAUGUGCUCCCUCUAACCCUCUGUACGAAUUCUCGAAUAAUGGUGACCUCCAAGUGGAAACUACCAUCACUACAUCAGAAUCAGCAAGCUCAAAUCCCCUGUAUGACCUCAUGUCCAAUGGAAAUAGUGGAUUUGACGAGCAGGUCACUGGAACUGCCACAACGGGUGGAGAGGAUUUCCUCAUCGAUACCAGCACCACCAGCGAACAGCACUAUAUUGAUGUCUCCAACAGUACUUCAAAACAGGAAGAGUUCAUUAUGAAUGAACCUUCAGGGGAACUGAUUGGUGAGUUUGAAUCUAGGGAGAUCAUUCAGGAUGAGCAAAAGUACAAGGGGACGUAACUCAAGAUGACCAAGCAUAUGAGGAG